AUGAUACAACUAGCAACUUUAUUGCUUUUCUUAUUACGGAUGAUAAAUGCGGCAUCACCUUCAUGGGAUAGUGUUACACCUCCUGUGAACUUGGCUAAAAGAGAGGAGCAGACAUGUGGUCAAAUUAUAAAUGGCUGUCCUGAUCUGAACUUCACAUAUCACGAGAAACUGAAUGGUAUAAUGGAUUAUGACCUCUCAAUAGACUCUGUUGUUUGGACAGGAGCCAAUACUUACAAUCUUACUGUCACUGUGACAGGCCAAGAGGCAAUUGCACUAAAAUAUUUAUGGUCAUUAAAACUUAUUGGUGUCCAGGGCCCUGAAUCUACAAUCGUUCUUUAUGGUAAAAAUGAGAACACUUAUUUAAUAGACGACCCAACACAUUUUACUGUCACAUUUGAAGUAUAUGCAGAGCCCUCUAGCGACAACCCCGAUAUCGUUUGGAUGCCUAAUUUUGAAAUCAAAUACGAGUAUUUACAAGGUGAUGCGAGCCAAUAUAGCUCAACUUGGGAAUGGGGAACAGCCACGUUUACAUUAAUAACGGGAUGUUAUGAUUAUGAUAAUCAGUGCAGGUCAGAAACGGAUUUCCCAGGUUAUUUUUGGAGUUAUCAAUGCGAUGACGGUGUUGAUAUAAGUGAUCUCUAUAAUGUAGAAAUUUGCGGGACCUCGACAAUAUCAAGCUCAUACUCAACCUUGCAAUCAUCUAGUACCAUAGCUGAAACCUCAGUACCAAGCUCUAGCGUCCCAUCCGCUAUGACAAGUGCAUCUAGCAGCGUAGAAACGGGUUCAACCAGCGGUGUUUCUUUAGUAUCUUCAACAAUUAUUUCUACCACAUCAAGUGAAAAUAUGGUAUCAAAAAGUUCGUCACCUUUGCCGUCCACGACAGUGUCAAGUACUUUGAGCAGCUUACUGAGUUUUUCAACAAGCUCGCAUUCUUUGGUGACCUUUUCAACGAGCGUUGGCUCUGGAAGUUCGGAAGCCUUUGAAACUUCUUCAUCUUCCGUUGCUUUUACAAAAGCGUCCUCAGAAAUGAGUUCCUAUUCCAUAGGAACUGCCCCAUCAGCCAUAUCCUCAAUGAUUACUUUUUCAUCAUCCUACACACCAUCAGGUAGCUCUUUACUUCAUAUCUCAACGCCAUCAACCUCAGAGCCAUCCGCUGUUGUUUCAUCGACUAAGUCUUCCUCUGUUAGGUCCACGGCGUCAGAUUCUGGUUCCAGCGAAAGCUUCUUAUCUGCUAGUACCCAUUCAAAAGAAUCUUUGCACACUAUCUCGACGUCAUUGUCCCUGCACUUAUCUAGUGCCAGCUCACCUUAUAGUACUUCGUUUAGCACUGUUUCCUCUGAGCCCACCUUGAUUGACAACUCAGAUACUUCUUAUUUAUGGCAUUCUGUCUCAUCAGACAUUAUUCCUUCGGAUUGUUCAUUUAUCACUCCAACAGGACCUGCCUCAAGCCCCUCAAGUGCCAUAUUGCCCGAUACCACCUCAUUGGAUGCCUUUUCAUCUGUCCCAUCAGCUUCGCUCAUAAUUACCACAUCCACGUUUUCUUCUAGAGCAACUGCUUCAUCUGACAGUCUUCUAAACGUGCAUUCAAACUCAGCAAGUGCUGUGACAUCUGAAAGUCUUUCAAGAGGCACUACUGUAUCUGUAGUUCAACCUUCAUCUAGUAUUGAACAAUCCGUAACAUCUUCAGAUGCGCCUUCUACACUACCACCUCCAUUUUCGUCUUUUCUUUCAUCCAAAGACUCUUCAUCUGGCACCUCUGACAGGUAUACCAGAAUUUCCUCUGAUAUUAUUUCGUCACAGAGUUUUUCACAUAACAUUUCUAUAGCAUCGAGUUCACAGUCAACUGCCAGUAUUUCAUAUGUAAGUUCGUCACCAAAUAACUCUGCUCUGUUGGGAACCAGUUCUUCUGAAAUCUCUUCAUCCACAAGUCCUUCGCACAAAUCUUAUUACUCCUCCGACUUCGUCUCUAUAGAUUUCCAUUCUACGGUAGUUACGCAGUCGGAAACGUCUUUGUCUUUUACUUCUCUAAUGGAGACGUCGCAACCUUCCAAUACCGUCAUUACAUCUCUUCCUUCCCAUACCGAUACCACGUUCCGCAUUACCCUAUCAUCCGAAGAUUAUUCUAUUAUAACCUCCUCAACACAGACUUCGCAACCAGCGAUUACUACUUCCUCCUUGGAGAUGCCUCCUUCUUCCUCCUCAAGCAUGUCAAGUUCCUCAAAUAGUGCAAUAUCCAAUGAUAUAGCCUCUCUACAUGGAUCUACCACUGCUAGUUCUUCCUUAGUUCCUCUCCAAGAUGUGCUUGUAACGUCCUCGUCGCCAGUAUACUCUGUCAUAGUAACAUCACCUAUUGAUUCCAAGGUCUCUUCCCUUGGCUCAACUUCACUAUCUCGUUCUUUUGACACAGAAGAUAAUGUGAUUACGGAAUCACAUUUAUUAUCGACGACAACUCCUAUUAGCGCACCUCCAAUUGAAGGGGAAGAGACAGGACAUCAUAUACUAAAGAAAGAAACCAGGAUUCCAUUUAGCAAAGCAAAAUCCGAACAUAAUUUUGGCACUUCCCGUUUCGAGUACCUGAGAGGUAGCACUGAAAAGGUUACUUACGCCACCAGUAUAAUUAGCUUCCAUGACGGAACAAAGGUUUCCCCUUCUCAUUCUGAACCAAAAGGUCUUGAUACCACGUCCUCUUUGAAGAUUUCCUACCCACCUUCCCCCUCAUCUAGGGCUGUUGGCAAUGAAAAUGGGGAGGUAUCAAUGAACACUUUGACGUCCCUGAUGUCACUGAGCGCCACACCCACCAUAGUAUCUACGGAGCAGGCUACUGCAGGCUCUACUGUUGAAAUUAGAUUAGCAGUACCUGUACCUCCCACAAGAAUUACUCCAGAGUCCAAUAUAAAGUCGACCUCCGCAUCUUUCAAGAGUCAUGUAAAGACGACGUACAAUCAACAACUUUUAUUUUCAAGUAUAAGCAAGGGAGAUUUACAUUCUGAAACGAAUAAAGCCAAGCAGACAGGUUCGUCUAGGUCGAACCCUUCGGAAAGCAGCUUUAGUUCUGUUAAGACUGUUAUUCAGGAAGAAUUUUCUGUCGAAAGCCAAGCAAGUAAUUUCAUGUCGGAAUAUAGUGGUAUAGCUAACAGUAAUGAGGUGAAUGGCAUUUUCUAUGGCCUUGUAUGUCUCUUGUUAAUGCUUUAA